AUGGCAGAAUACGACCUCACAAAGACGGUUAUCCCUUACCUCGACAGACAUCUCGCAUUCCCUCUCCUCACACAUCUUGCCGAAACCAAUCUCUUCAACGAGGGGGAAGUACAGGUCGCCCAGUAUGAGCUCGCAAAGGGCACGAACAUGGUCGAUUACGCGGUCAAUCUGUAUCAGAUAUUGAACCCGGAUACCGAGAUCCCUGAUGAAUUCGCUGCAAAGAGGGAUCAAGCCGUGUCGACGAACGAGCGGCUGCAGCAGGAGGCACAGGCCGUCCUCGAUGUGAUCGAAAACCCAGACGUCGCCCAGGCGCUUCGUCAGGAUAAGAACCAAAACUUGCAGUACCUCAAGGAUAAUUAUAGCCUCACCCUCGAGCAAAUAACUGCGCUCUACAACUUUGGCCAAUUCCAAUAUACCUACGGCAACUACUCCGGCGCCGCAGAUUACCUCUACCAUUUCCGUGUCCUCUCCACCGACACAGAUCUCAACACCUCCGCCCACUGGGGCAAACUUGCUUCUGACAUUCUCACCGGCAAGUGGGAGGUCGCCCUUGAAGAGCUCAACACCCUCCGCGACGCCAUCGACGCACGCGCUUCCUCCGCCCCUCUCUCCACCUCCACCACCGCCUCCGUCUCUUCGCCCGCAGAGCCCCUUGCAGCCCUGCACUCUCGCACAUGGCUCAUUCACUGGUCGCUCUUCGUCUACUUCAACCACCCCGCGGGCCGCACCCUCCUCCUCGAGACAUUCCUCGCCCCCGCGUACCUCAACACCAUCCAGUCCGCUUCGCCCUGGAUCCUCCGUUACCUUGCCGUCGCCGCCGUGCUCUCGCGCAAGGCCCAGCAGACCGCGCCGGGCGGUGCAUCGACCAGCUCGCGCGUGCGCCAUGCGAUCCGCGAGCUCGUCAAGAUCGUGCAGCUCGAGGAGUACCAGUACUCGGACCCCGUCACGCGCUUCCUCAAGGAGCUCUACGUCGAGUUCGACUUUGAGGCCGCGCAGCGCGAGCUGCAGACAGCGGAGCGCGUCGUCGCGGACGACUUUUUUUUGAACGAGUUCAGGGAGGAUUUCUUGGACAACGCGCGGUACCUCAUCAGUGAGGCAUAUUGUCGGAUUCACCAAAGGAUCGACAUUGGCGAUCUUUCUGAGCGGCUCAACCUCUCCCGCGACGAAGGCGAAAAAUGGAUCGUGAACCUCAUCCGAGAAACACGCAUGGGCGCCGACGCUAAAAUCGAUCUCGAGAAGAACGUCAUCGAGAUUCACCGGCCCGCGCUCCCCGUUUACCAGACCGUCAUCGAAAAGACGCGCGGCCUGUCGAUCCGCACGCAAGCACUGGGCGCCGCCAUGGCGCGCGCGAACACUCAGCCCGUCGAGGGGGCGCGAUAGGCGAGGCGUCUGUGUGUCUGUCCAGAGACUGUAUUGCAUGUUGUUGUCCUAUUAUUGUGUAUGGACAUGCUGUUGGCUGCAUACCAGUCCGGACUUG